CCCCCCUAAAGGCAUAGACAACAAAAGAAAUUUUAUUGAGAGCGAAACACAAGUCCUUAAACUGCAAAGAUGUUUGCCAGGAUGUCUGAUCUCCAUGUUCUGUUGUUAAUGGCUCUGGUGGGAAAGACAGCCUGUGGGUUCUCCCUGAUGUCUUUAUUGGAAAGCCUGGACCCAGACUGGACCCCUGACCAGUAUGACUACAGCUACGAGGAUUAUAAUCAGGAAGAGAACACCAGUAGCACACUUACCCACCCUGAGAAUCCUGACUGGUACUACACUGAGGACCAAGCCGAUCCGUGCCAGCCCAACCCCUGUGAACACGGUGGGGACUGCCUCGUCCAUGGGAGCACCUUCACAUGCAGCUGCCUGGCUCCUUUCUCUGGGAAUAAGUGUCAGAAAGUGCAAAAUACGUGCAAGGACAACCCAUGUGGCCGGGGCCAAUGUCUCAUUACCCAGAGUCCUCCCUACUACCACUGUGUCUGUAAACACCCUUACACAGGUCCCAGCUGCUCCCAAGUGAUUCCUGUAUGCAGGCCAAACCCCUGCCAGAAUGGGGCUACCUGCUCCCGGCAUAAGCGGAGAUCCAAGUUCACCUGUGCCUGUCUUGACCAGUUCAAGGGGAAAUUCUGUGAAAUAGGUUCUGAUGACUGCUAUGUUGGCGAUGGCUACUCUUACCGAGGGAAAAUGAAUAGGACAGUCAACCAGCAUGCAUGCCUUUACUGGAACUCCCACCUCCUCUUGCAGGAGAAUUACAACAUGUUUAUGGAGGACGCUGAGACCCAUGGGAUUGGGGAGCACAAUUUCUGCAGAAACCCAGAUGCGGAUGAAAAGCCCUGGUGCUUUAUUAAAGUUACCAAUGACAAGGUGAAAUGGGAAUACUGUGAUGUCUCAGCCUGCUCAGCCCAAGACGUUGCCUACACGGAGGAAAGCCCCACUGAGCCAUCAGCCAAGUUUCUGGGGUUUGACUCCUGCGGAAAGACUGAGAUAGCAGAGAGGAAGAUCAAGAGAGUCUAUGGAGGCUUUAAGAGCACGGCGGGCAAGCACCCAUGGCAGGCGUCCCUCCAGUCCUCACUGCCUCUGACAGUCUCCAUGCCCCAGGGCCACUUCUGUGGGGGGGCGCUGAUCCACCCCUGCUGGGUGCUCACUGCUGCCCACUGCACCGACAUAAAAACCAGACAUCUAAAGGUGGUGCUAGGGGACCAGGACCUGAAGAAAGAAGAAUUUCAUGAGCAGAGCUUUAGGGUGGAGAAGAUAUUCAAGUACAGCCACUACAAUGAAAGAGAUGAGAUUCCCCACAAUGAUAUUGCAUUGCUCAAGUUAAAGCCAGUGGAUGGUCACUGUGCUCUGGAAUCCAAAUACGUGAAGACCGUGUGCUUGCCUGAUGGGUCCUUUCCCUCUGGGAGUGAGUGCCACAUCUCUGGCUGGGGUGUUACAGAAACAGGAAAAGGGUCCCGCCAGCUCCUGGAUGCCAAAGUCAAGCUGAUCGCCAACGCUUUGUGCAACUCCCGCCGACUCUAUGACCACAUGAUUGAUGACAGUAUGAUCUGUGCGGGAAACCUUCAGAAACCUGGGCAAGAUACCUGCCAGGGUGACUCUGGAGGCCCCCUGACCUGUGAGAAGGAUGGCACCUACUACGUCUAUGGGAUAGUGAGUUGGGGCCUGGAGUGUGGGACGAGGCCAGGGGUCUACACCCAUGUUACCAAAUUCCUGAAUUGGAUCAAGUCCACCAUCAAAAGUGAAAGUGGCUUCUAAGGUACUGUCUUCUGGACCUCAGAGCCCACUCUCCUUGGCAUCCUGACACCGGGAGGCCUCAUGGCCAACAAUGGACACCCACAGAGCCUCCAGGGGACCACACAGUGGACUGUCCCUACUCUAAGCAGAGACAACUGCCACCCAGCCUGGGCCUUCCCAGACCAGCAUUUGCACAAUAUCACCAGGCUUCUUCUGCCUCCCUUGGUAACCCAAGGAAUGAUGGAAUCAACACAACAUAGUAUGUUUGCUUUCCUCACCCAAUUGUACCUUCUAGAAAAAUCAGUGUUCACAGAGACUGCCUCCACCACACGCAUCUGCAAAUGCAGACUCCAGAAUGCCCAGCAUCAGCGGGAACCAUCAUCACAUCUUUAUUCCUCAGCCCAGACACUCGAGGCACUCAACAGAAUCAGCCAUCCACCUCUAGGUAUCAGAGAGGACCACAAAUACAACAUUCUCCAUUUGCUUUCAGAGUUAUUAUUUUAAUAAAGGCAGAUCUGGGAUGGGCUAGUGGGCCAUUUUUCCAGCUCGCCGAUAUCAAAGCCAUCUGAAGCA